UCAUUAAGAGAAACCGCAUAUUUCGGCUUACGAGCGCUUGUGUCGGUGUCAUCGGAUGUCCGAUUCUAUGGUUUCCUGAAGUGGUGUGUUUCGAGUGUCUGGAAUGUUGGUAUGAUUGGAGGUUCCACCACCACCUCGAAGCCGGCUUCCACUCGAAACCGAAGAAGCGGUGACUCACCAGGUUCCAGCUACAAUCACCAUGGUACCGUGAAACAAAAACGAAACGUAGUAUUGAACCGUGCGACGGACAAUCGUAAUCGAGUUACCUGUGCCGCAGUCACCUUGUGGUAGUUGGAAGUUGGCGAUGGUCAUCGCAGAGGUACUCGCAGAAUCAAUGAACCUUGUCGUUUAAAUACGGAACCUUUAACGAUAACGGUCUCUGUGUGGUGAGGAAAUAUCAAUAUUUUCAGUGCAAAUAAGUGAUUUGUGUUAAUGAAUGUUUGCUUGGAUUGCAAUUCGACUCUUUGUGAUUGUGAUUGCAGAAGCUCAAAAUGCACAAUAUAUAUCCUAAUGUUCCACCAAGUGAACACUAUGUGCUGCGAAACGAGAAUAGCCUGUGCUACGAAAACAAGGCCAUGGCUAAUGCCAUGCUAGCCGACCAGCUGCCAUCUCCUCAUCAUACCAUUGUGACUACUGGUGACUGUGAAAAACCAAAACCAAACCCCGCCACUGUCAGCUGUCGAAAAUUUUGGCCGAGGAGAUUGGGCUACACUGUAUAUAUCGAUAUUCUGACUACAAUUGUGUUUUUCGUGAUAUUCGUCUCUAUCGAACUGGGCGUGAUCCCGCAAAGAAAGCUCGGAUUCAGAUGCAAAGACCCAACGAUUUCGUUCCCCUACACAGGUGAUACAAUAACGCUGACCAUCCUCCUAUUGGGUACUUAUUUAGGACCGCUGAUCUUCAUCGUGUUAAUUGAAAUAGUCAGGGAGAAGUCUUUCAAGGAUGUCCGGAUCGGCAUCAUCUGGGAUCACUACAAAGAAUUGCUCAUAGGUGUCAGUUUUGUGAUAAUGAUCACGGAAGUGGCCAAGGCGAUGCUGGGGGAGCACAGACCGCACUUUUUCGACGUCUGUAGACCCGAUGCAAAUGAGGGGUGUGCCGAAGGGGUCUUCGUCGUAGAUUACACGUGUACGAAUAAAGAGUACAGUAGUUGGCUUAUAAGCGAUGCCUCGAAGUCUUUUCCAUCGGGGCACUCUUCCAUAUCUGUGUUUGCUUCUCUGUUCACUGCUUAUGUGAUCCAAACACGCUUACCUUCUGCUGCUACUGGAAGAUUGUUCAAGCACUUCCUCAUAUCCAUAUGCUUAUCCUGGGGUAUACUGUGCUCCCUUUCUCGAAUAGCCGAUAGGAGGCACCACUGGUGGGAUGUGUUGUCAGGUACCGUUCUAGGUAUUCUGGGAGUGAUAUUCUUCACCACGAUCUUCCAUCAGAAGCAGAAGUGCAAACUACAGAGGACAUCCGAAAAGUCUAUAUCAUCCACAAUGCUGUUGGACGUGAAAAAUAAAACAGCAGCCAGUGCAAGAGUUUGACGGUUAUAAUUUUUGCCUUCUGGUGAGCAAAGUGCGGGUGAUAAUUUCCAUUUUUCCAAGAGGAAUGACUGCUCCAGAUGUAUGGACGUAGCCAGACUGCUCGUGAAUCCGAAGAAGUUGAAAUUGUUUUCAAGAACUGAAAUCAUUGUCAUACAAGACAACCUACGCUCAUGUCGAUCGAGAAAAUUCGAUUAUAUAUUGAAAUUUGUAUUCAUAAUUGUGUAUAGUCCAGAAUUUAUUCGAUCGAAUAUUUUUGUGUACAAAAUACUUGAGUAAAUAAAGAAUUAACGAGAAUUCCAAUUGAAGGGUUUUUCUCAAAAAUUCUUAAACUUAUGUCUUCUUAUUACUUUUCAGAAUCUAUUAUUUUUCUUGAACGACUCUUGACACAUUUUUUUAAUCGAGAUUUCUCUUUUACCAUUUGAUUUUUCAUUAAUGUCAUGUUUUAGACAUUUGGGAUGGUAUUUUUGUGAUGUUCCCUUAUUUAUUUUUCUUCGAUUUCUGAAGGUGGAAUGUCGUAGAGGUGUUGAGACUUGAGUUUCUGAUGAACGACUUCUUACUCAGUAUUACUUUGUUGAAGUAUUGAUAACGUUAUGUUUUUAUUUUUAGUGAAAUAUUUAUUCCAGUGAUGUAUAUAUUCGAUGUAAUAAAACAAUACAUAAUAUGUGUA